CCUCACCAAUGGCCAAUAGCUUCCUCACCUCCAUCAUUGAUAAGCGCAUAAGCAUUUCUUGCAGGUUGAAUCAUGGAUCCCAAUGACUUCUCUAACAUGUGGAGGUAUCCACCAACACCAGAAUGAGGUUACGCAGAAGCUUCAUGGGGCAACCAAGAUGGUGGAAGCCAAGUAUUUGCGUUUUACCAACCUCUCUUCAAUGAAGAACAACCAUACAAUGAGGAUUUCAAGAAGCUUCUCUAUACCAAGAAGACUUUCUUCCACAACCCGAGAUGAAAUCCAAGUUGGAGCUGGCUAUGUAGGCUUUCAUGAGACAUUCAUAAAGACCAUGUGACACUCCACAACCGGAUGCCAAGAGUUCAUUGCAGCUUGCCAUGGAGAAAUUUGAAAGAGCUUGUUCGAAUGAGGCUUACCAACCCCUGCCCCUCCUGAUUUUGUAGCUAGAAGAGAAAGUCGAGCA